UUAUCCAUGUUUUGUCUCGUCGUCUCGGUAAUGAUGCACGUGAAACUCGGUGGGAGCGGACAGUCCGCUUGUUGCGCAGCUCUCAGGUCAGCUGGUAGCACCUCCGACCACAGAUGGAAGCGAGUUUGUUGAAUCAUGCGUGUUGACAGCGGCAGAGCCACCGCGGUGGGGAGCCUCCGGUACGCGACCAGCAGCACUCUGACGUUGGCCCGGGAUGAAUGAAGCCAGUGCACGCGGUCCAGCCGGCGCUCUCUGAAGAAGCUCAAAGUUGGGAGUAUAUUUCGGGAGAUUCGCUGCUCCGGCUCUCCCACUCUCAUUUGGACACUUUUCUUCAGCGUCUGGUUGAAUCCAGAUUUUCGCUUUCCCCCCCCCGCCCCUAUCCCCCGCCAAAAAAAACAAAACUGUGCGCUCGACGAUUGGGAACAUAAAUGAUGAAGUUUAAGCCCAACCAGACCAGGACUUACGAUGGCGAGGGGUUCAAGAGGCGAGCUGCGUGUUUGUGUUUUAAAAAUGAAAACGAGGACGAGGUGCUACUGGUGAGCAGCAGUCGCCAUCCAGACCAAUGGAUCGUGCCAGGAGGAGGAAUGGAGCCAGAGGAGGAGCCCUGUGGGGCCGCCAUCAGGGAGGUCUACGAAGAGGCGGGUGUGACGGGAAAACUUGGCAGACUACUCGGGAUUUUUGAGCACAAUAAAGAGAGAAAGCACAGGACGUACGUCUUCACCCUCAUAGUGACGGAAACACUAGAAGACUGGGAGGACUCUGUCAAAAUUGGAAGGACGAGGAAGUGGUUCAAGGUAGACGAAGCCAUCAGGGUGCUGCAGAGCCACAAGCCUGUCCAUGCAGAGUACCUACGCAGGCUCACCAGCACCUGUAUCCCCCCUUGUGGUCCUGUGUGUAGCCCGACUAAUGGCAACACCCCGAGCUCACAAGUGACAGACGGCAAUACGCCUCACUAUGUUGUUUGCUCCACACAGGGCUCAGAUUUAGCCAACAGAUAGGACCAUCACCAGCAGCAAGCAGUUCUUUUAAGAGGACAACGCAAUGGACACCUGGAAAAGACUUCUGCAUUGGUUGCAUUACUAACGCAGCCUCUUAAUAUGUACAGUAUGGACUUCCUUUAAAUUGAUUUGAAACCCAUUUGUAAGGAGUGCCAACAUGUUUUCCAAGUAUAUUUAAGAUUUUAUAUGUAUAUUUUUCAACAAAUAUCAACAGCUAAUGAAGCAAAUGUUUCCUUUAAAGGCAUUCAGCUCUAUAUGGAUUUUUCUCAGUGAGCUGCUUCUGCAGUGUCGGUCCUGUCUUUAGUGCAGAGUAUUUGAUGAGCAGUGCACACAUAUUUGGGUUGUUUCUUGGGAAGUGUUUGCUCUUAGAGGAAGUCAUACCCCCACAAUGACUCAGUGCCAAAUAAUGUCCCUCUUCAAGAUGUUUUCAAAAGAAACGGUUAAAUUUGAAUGAGUAUCUUAUUGCAAUUAUGUUUUUGGUGAAUUCUUAGGACACUCUAGGGCGGCAAAAACUAAUGUCACCUGACUACACCUCAAGUCUGGUGAGGUAUUUAGCACAAUGAAAGCUGAGGGCAAAGUCUACUUUGAUACAAGUGUGAACAACAUUGCUCCUCCUAUAAUUACCAGUUUACAAGUACACACAGUAUUAUCUCUAAUCACUAGUAACAGUGUAACGCUGUCAUAAAGAUAAGGCAUCAUACCAACCACCACAAUAAAUGGAGACUUAGAUUCUUCUUCAAGCAUAAUUUAGUCUGUAUAGUUAAUGUUUUCAGGUUGACUGUUAAAUCAAACAAAUAACAGUGUAUUGGUAGUUAGAUCAAUAUCAGCUACCGUAUAAUUGAACGGAACUGCAGGCAGCAUAAUCAAAAUUAGCAAAUGUGCCAAAGAAUGACUAUUCAAUACUAUAUCUGCAGAAGACACUAUACAUAUUGUAGUGUAUUUGACAAAUUGUCCUGUUACUGUUUGGGCUAAGAGGCCUUUUGUUUUGCCAGAGAAUUACAAUGUGCUUUAGUCUGAUUAUAUCAAGUGCCUUCAUAAACAAUAGUAAAUUGUGUUUAGUUUGUCGACACUGCACCUCACACCCAACAGCCCUUACUGGAAGCAGUACAAUCUGCACUGACACACAAUGUCAAAACCAGACCCUAUUUUUCUCAGCUGUGGUUAGAUUUAAACAAUUGGAUGUUGAAGGAAUUGUUCAAAUUUAAUGUACAGUAUUUAGUUUGCAUUGUAGGAAAUUAUUUAUUUAUGUUUCAAAGGGAGAAAACUCCCUCACAUCAUGAACAGGAAACUAUGACCGGAAGUAAUCAGUCAGUGUGCCAGGCUUCUUUUGUCAGUGCAACAUUUGUUUUUUAAAUAAAUUCAGUUUAUUGAAUAUUAUGGGCUCUUCUUGAUAAA